AUGGCGAGUAGUGGCAAAGCCCAGACCUGCUUCACAGACCCCCGAAACUCACCCCAAAAAGGGCAGUCGCCUGGGCUCCGGCAAGCCUGGAAUCCACUCACCACAUAUAUGUACAUGGUAGCAGGCAUGUGUGUUCCAGGCUUGAGAGGCACUGAUCCCAAGGCCCCCAAAAGCCAGGUGGCUGCCAGAGCUUUGACUCCCAAGGCCCAGCACCCCUGGGUCCUCCCCCAGCUCAAGCUGCAUGGCAAGCAGUGGCAAGGCCCAGACCUGCUUCACAGAUCCCCGAAACUCACACCCAAAGAGGGCAGUCACCGGGACUCUGGCAGGCCCGGGAGCUGCUCACCAUGUGGAAAGUCCAGCGGGCCUUUACCAAAUGAAAUCCGUACGAAGGAAUCAUCAGGAACAGCAAACUUACUAAACACAACUGGCUCAAAGAAGGGCCGGAAAGCAGUGUUCCAUCCUAAGGAAUCAAACAGCUCAGGACAGCACUCUACACAAAAACUUGAACUCAGAAGAAAGGAUGAGAAUGAAGAAUUUCAGAUGUACAACUUGAAAGGAAGAAAGGGUCAGACAUACAAAGAGUUCAGUGAGACUGAGUUCAGUGAGACUGUGUAUUGUGAGAAGUGUCAGAUAUGCUUCCUGAAGAGCUGUGCUGCUCAUGGACACCCCGUGUUUCUAAAGGACAAUCCAGUGGAAAAGGGACAUCCUAAUCGUGCUCUCCUCAGUGUGCCCACUGGACUUCGAAUUGACCCAUCGAGCAUUCUGGAGGCUGGGCUUGGAGUAUUUAAUGAGGCAUCUGAUCUGCCUUUGGGGCUACACUUUGGUCCUUUUGAGGGCAAGAUCACAGAAGUGGAAGAGGAAGCUGACAGUGGGUACAGCUGGCAGAUAGCCAAGGGCAGGAACAGCUAUGAGUACGUGGAUGGAAAGGAUAAUUCUUUGGCCAACUGGAUGAGGUAUGUGAACUGUGCCCAAAAUGAUGAGCAGAAUUUGGUGGCCUUCCAGUACCAGCAGAUAUUUUACCACACCUGCCAGGUCAUCAAACCAGGCUGUGAGCUGCUAAUAUGGUAUGGGGAUGAGUAUGGCCAGAAGCUGGGUAUUAAGGGAAGCAAUGAGAAGAAAAAGAAGGAAAGAAAAAGGAAGAGCUCACAACAGUGA